AAAUAAAAACUAUUGUCAUAUCAUAAAAUGUAUCUUUGCAGGAAAUGGAUUGUGUUGUAGGUACAAUUGGUAAGGAAAUUUUAGAAGGAAUCCAAAUAAGAUGGAGGUUAAUUAGGCUUUAAUCCGGGGGUUUAACUUUGUUAUGGGCAUUGGAAAUAACAAUUUUAGGGUCCAAGACUUUGAUUCCAAAAGCCGAAGGGCUGAAACUGAGUAAUGGAAUAAUAAUAGGUCCAAUCCGCGAUUGACCUCGAGAAGAAUAGCAAAUGGGGUUAUAAAGCGUCCAGCAUCCAUGGCCGAAACCAAUCUAUUUGCCCUUUUUUCUCUGAAGCAGCACAUAAUGUUCCAAUGAAGUUCGGUCUCCUUCGUGACACUUCUUAGCUCAGUCCAAGCAACCGAGUGAUUCAAUCAAAAUGAGACGUGGGUCUCUGAUAUGUCUGUUUCUUCUCCACCUUUCCCUUCCAUUUUCAUCUGGUGCAUCUGAUGGUCUCUGCAUUUCUCAAGGUGGUCGCUUUCCACCAUUCACAUCUGAAGGAAAGCCUCCAAAAAGGGUAGGCAAGGGGCCGAAAGAUUUGACCCUCUGCAGGGUAUUCCGUCGGAAAACUUGUUGUGAUGUAGCCCAGACGCAUCCAGCACUCCUAGCCAUCAGGAAGCUGGCUUCAACAGGGGAGGCCAGCCGAGACUGCUUGCAAUUAUGGGAAUUCUUGGAAUGUUCCAUUUGCGAUCCACGUGUUGGUGUGCAGCGUGGACCGCCUCUUAUAUGUGCCUCUUUCUGUAACAGAGUUUUCGAGGCUUGCUCUAAUGCUUACUUCUCAGUGGAUGCAAUAUCACAGGUUCUAGCACCAUGUGGUGUAAAUGAUUUUGUUUGUGGUAGGGCUUCAGAGUGGAUCCAUAAUGGCACAGAGCUCUGUCACACUACGGGUUUUGCCAUUAAAGAUGACCUGUAUGUUGACACAGAAGAAACAUCUUGCUAUGGUGGUAAAGCGAGUCUAGAUUUGAUUGCUGAUUCAUGGAAGGCUCCACGGUCUGAGGUGCCUCAGAAGGGUAAGAGCUUCGCUGUGUUGGAAGAUUUCCAGCAAUGGGUGAAUGAAAUGUCAUUUAGUGAAAGAGUUUCAUGGGCAGUUGGAGGGAUGGUUCUUACAGCAGGAUUAUUGUUUGUAAGCAAGAGGAAAAGCCAUAGCCAGCGCCAGAAGCUAGCUGCAAUUAAACGCACUACUAGGAAACUGGAAGCCAAGAUGAGCCAGAAAUAUACUGAUGGUCAUGGAAAUAAUAAAAGGAAGUAGAAGAUGAUUGUCUCCUUGUAUAUGAACCAUAACUUAUUGUGUCAAAUUGCAGGUGAAUCAUAACUAGUUGUAUUGUUAUAACAUUUUAAGGCUUUUUUUCAUUUACAUUUUUGUAAGAAGUAGAUGACUUUUGAGUUAGAUUAGUGUAUCCAAGAUGUUGGAAUCCGAGAUCCAGUUCCCGAAAGAUACAAUUCAGUUUUUCCUCUCUCUGUCACUUAAAAAGAGCUUGUUUUUAGCAUGUAUGAAUUCGUUGAUCUGGAAGACACUUUUUGUGAAUUCUUCCUUCUGUUUGGAAAGACUGUACAGAACAAUGUUACUCCUUGGGUGACAGUGCUACAAAUUCAACUUGCAAAAAUCACAUAUUUGAUGAA